UAAAUUAAAAAAAAAAAAUGUAUAUAGAACUUUUUCGAAAAUAAAAGAAGAUCUUUGCAUAAUGAAAACUAUAAAAGAAAGAAUCGAAGAUAUAUACAAACAAAUUCCAUUUUUGGAAACAAUUAAAGAUCCAAAUGUAAAAAAAGUGGUCAAUAUUUUAAAAAAAGAUAUAAGAAAUAUAUUGAAUAACCAAGAAAAGCUGGAGAAACUGGAACACUUAAUAAAAAAAUAUAAAACUAUAUCAGUAUAUAAAAAUGCUUUGGAAAUAGAAAAAAAAUUUACACAACAACAAAGAGAAACUGAAAAGGUAGCACAGCAUGAAACAAUAGUAAUAUAUAGUAGUGAUGAAGAAACAGACAAAACUAAAGAUUCUACAGAUGAUCAUCAACAGUAUUUAAUACCUCCUAAUAAAAUCAAAAAGGAAAAACUUAAUGAUUUCAAAGAUACAAGAGAAAAGGAAGAAAUUCUUUUUACAAGGAGAAAGAAAUCAACUGAAAAUAUUAUAACAACUGUUAUUGAAAUUAUUGAUAGUGAGGAUGAAGUUCUAACUAAUUCUAAUCAUACUUUAGCUAAGCAAAAUAUUUCAGUUGAUAAUCUUAAGCUAGAAUUAAAUGAAAAUGAAAAUUCGUUUAAUGAUGAAUUAAAAAAUAAAAGUAUAAGAGAAUUAGAGCAAAUAGCUCUUAAUAUUUUGAAAGUAGGUACAAAUCGAAACAAUACCAAUCCUGACAGUACUUCGGUUGACAUCAGAGAAAAUUUUGUAGAAAAUUCAUCUAAAUCAUUAAUAAUUUCCCAAAAUGUUAUAACACCUACGGCUAAUAAUUUAUAUACAGCAGUUGUACCAGAUCAAAUUUUUAAUAUAGGAUCUGAAAUAAACCAAAUUGUAAGAUAUAAUACACCUACUCCAAAUAUACAAGUUCAAGCAAUGUCGACGACCACUGAUUUUUCUCCAACUAUUUACCAUCAAAUACCAUUGAAUUCGUAUUCUUCAAAUACACUAUUUUCUUCAAAUUCUGAAAUUUCAAUUGAAAAUAAUCAAUUUUGUAAUAUACAACAUAAUAUUGUUGACAGUACUCAUUCAACAAAUUUAUGUUAUAAUGAAAAUUUUAUAAGUGCUUCCCAAAAUUCAGAAAGUGUCAUAAUGCCGAACUGUAAUAGACGAAAAAAUUUAAUAUCAAAUACAGCAGAUACAUCACAGCCAGUCUCAACAACAAGAAAACGCAAAUCAUCAAAAGAUGAAGAUCUGUCUAAUAAAUCAGAAAAUUGCUCUAGUAAUAGACAAUUUAAUAGCAAAAAACUCAAAAGUAAUAUUUUAACAGACAGUACUUGCACCGACAACAUUGUCAUAACUAAUGUACGAUCUAUAAAUGAGAAUGAAGAAAAACAGAAACAAAUGACAACAGAUGACAAUGAACAUAACAUCUCAAGUAAACCUGCUAAAAUAACUAGAAGAAGAUUCACAUACCAUGCUUCAGAUCUCAAUAAAGUUAAAGAAUCGAAUGAUACCUCAAUAACCCAAAAAGUGAAACAACCACAAAAGAUGAAAGGUAGACGAAAAUCAGUUUGUUCUCAUCUUGAAAAUGAUGUUAAUUUAAGAGAACUUCAUGGCCUCCAAGAGCAAUUCUUAAAUUGGGGUUAUACUUUACCUGAACCCAAAACACAUCGUCCUGCAUUUAAUAAAGCUUUGCAAAAAAUAAGACGACAUAGCAAAGUUUGGGAUGAAGAAGAAAUUGCAGAUUUAUUAUCAGACGAAGAAAUAAGAAAGCCAAAACAAAGUCGACGUAAGUCUGUUUGUAUAUCUGAACCUGAAUUUGAAAAUAAUCGCAAUUCAAAAGAUAAGAAUUCCGCAUUGAAUAUUUCUGCAACAGCUAGAAGUAAAGAAAAUGAAGAAAAAGAAAGAUCCGGUAAAGAGAAUAUAAAAAUUGUUUUGAAAAAAAUUAACUGCGAAACAUCGGAAAAUUGUAAUAGUAAUCAAUUAAAAGAUUUACAAUUUGAAGUAACAGCAGCAAGCAAUAUAACUAAAUUAGAUGAAGUAAUUGAAACAAAAUCAAAAAUAUCUAAUACACCAAAAAUUAUAUUUAGAAAUACAGAUCAAAAUUUACAUUGUUAUAAUAAGAAUUUUAUGAGUAAAUGUGUAAUAUGUGAUAAAACAGUCAAUUCUAUAGUUUCUCAUUACGUUAACAAUCAUAAUAAUAUCAAAAAUCAUGAAAUAUAUUGCUCUCGACUUCCUUAUUAUUUAAUUGAAAAGUAUAAAAAAAAAAUAUUGGAAGCGAAAUUAAUUAAAAUUAUUCAACUAAAAUAUAGAUGUAAAUGUGCAUUUUGUGAUAAACAAAUUUAUGGAGCUCCAAGUGAUUUCUAUGAACAUUAUUCUACGCAUACAGGUGAAUAUGCUUGGGAAUGCGAUAAAUGUUGUAAAAAAUUGCCUCAUGAAACAAAAAUGAUUGAACAUUGCGAACAUUGUAAGAAAGGUGGUAAUCCUAAAAGAAUCUAUGCAUAUCAAGAACAAAGUGAAGUGGUUGGUUCAUUUUGUGCUGAAUGUAAAUUCAUUCAAUUAAAUAAAUCGAAUGUAAUUAAACAUUUGGAAAAUCAUCAUUCAAUUGCAAGAGAACCAGAAAGAUUAUGUGAAAGUCUCGUACUUGUAAAAUUCUCUGAAAAAGCAAAAAUGACUAAUAUAGAAGAAAUAUUUGAAAAGAAUUUCAGUGAAUUAAAUACGGAAAGUUUUACAGAACAGAAAUUUAAUAAACCAAAUUCUCAAGAAUUGAUAACAGUUUUGAAUGAACCAGUUUGUGAUUAUAUCAAUAAUGGUAAGCUUACACAAUUUUAA